GUCAGCAUGAAUUGACAAUUUGAAAACAUGAGACUGUCAUCCAUCAAAUGACUAUUUCCUUGUAUGAAAGCUUAAUGUUUCGAGAAAAAAGAUAUCACAAACUGCCCUAUGUGUACUUUGACUAUUCAUCCAUUGAUAAUGAUGUAGUGCCUUAUCCUCAGCACAAAAGGGAUUUCAGUAAAAUAUUCUCCAAACUGGGAAUCACGAGAGUUGACAUAAAAAUCAAUGGCACCACUGAAAAGAAGUUUCUUCAUAAAAUCUAUCAAAGAAACACAGAUUGCUCAUGGAAAAAUUUGGAUUAUUUUAGCUACCAAUAUGCUGAUCUGCAGAAAUAUCAAGAAAUUCCUGUUUGGGUGCCUGGAUCCGAGAUAAAAAUUCCAGCUAGAAGAUUCUUCUUCCACUUGAUUUCAUGUACUCUUGAUUGCAUAUCAUUGGAAAGAUUUAUUCUGGAUGGAAAAGUAUUAACCUAAAACUAUACAGUUAAGCACUCGAACUUUACGUUCAUUUUCAAUGAACAAAUGUUAUCUAAAAUGAGAUAACUUUGGAACUCUCUCUUGUAAAAACACAUCUAUCAGAUCAUUUUCACUGUCAGAAUGCCUCUUCCAAACACAUACUAAUUUGAACACUCCUUCUGAUUCAAAAACCUCACUAAAAUCGCAGACUUCUGAUUCAUGAGGUAUUUUAAAGGAGAAUGACUAUCCUUGAAUGAAGAUGCUUCUUUGCUUCUUGAUCACAAACUUGUCAAAUCUGUCAAUAAUUCAGUUAGCCAAUAUGCCUUCUAUUCCAGUAGAGGUCUUCAAGAAGCUAGAUCAAGUGUUGAUAAGCGAUUGGGAGAUUAACCAGGAAAGUGGAGGCCUAUAUACAAGAAUCCAGAACAAGAAAAUAUAUUAAUUGUCGACUUCA